UGGCGAGGGAGGAGUCCAGGGACAGCCAGGGGCAGUUGGGGCAGCAGGGACCUGACACAAUGAAAGUGCAGGUGAAUGAGGGCUUUCUCACUUACGUGGAGGCAGAUGCUGUUCCGGAGGCUCAGGGAAGCACCAACCCGACAGGCCCAGAUGGGCCCCAAAGCAGAAACUCCGUGGUUAUCUGCCAGGCAGUUGGCCAAAGCAUCUUCACCUCCAGCAUCUCCUCGGCGGCUGGGCGAGUUGGCUUCCUGCUGCAGAAGGAGGAGGGGAAGGAAGCAAGCUGCCCAGUGCUGUUCAUACAGCUCAAUGAGCUGUUCAGCACCCCUGACGGCCUGCAGUGGAAGCAGACAGCCAGGUGGAUUAAGUUUGAGGAGAAGGUGGAAGAUGGAGGAGAGCGAUGGAGUAAACCCCACAUCACGGCCCUUUCCUUACACAGUCUCUUUGAGCUAAGGACAUGCAUCAAGAAAGGGAUGGUCCUGCUGGAUUUAGAUGCUCACAGUUUGAAGCAAAUAGUGGAGAAGGUGACUGCCACGGAGAUCGAUGCUCACGCCCUGAGGCCAGAGGUGAGAAAGAAGCUCACAUCUGUGCUGCUUUGCACCCCCCAGCACCACACCACCAAGUCCCAGCUGAGGAUAGUGGCUGAGCUCGGUGCAGCCUGCUGCAGGGACAAAGCUCAUAACCAGUCGGAUCCAGGAGCUGAGAUUUCAGAAGCACCCCUCAAGGAGCAGCUAAAAAACCAAUUCCAGAAGAAGAUCCCAGCCGAGGCUGAAGUGUCCAACAUUCUUGUGGGUGAAGUGGACUUCCUAGAGAAGCCAUUUAUUGCCUUCAUCCGACUGCAGGAGGCCGUGAGACUUGGGGCCUUGACAGAGGUUGCAUUCCCCAGCAGGUUUCUUUUUAUCCUCCUGGGCCCCAGAACCAAAGUGAAAGCCUACCAUGAGAUUGGAAGGGCCGUGGCCACGGUACUGACGGACGAGCUAUUCCAGCGGGUUGCCUGCCAGGCUCAAGACAGAGAAGACCUCAUUGCAGGGAUUGAUGAGUUUCUGGAUGAACUGACUGUGCUGCCUCCAGGCAAAUGGGACCCGACCAUCCGAAUCCCUCCACCAAAGUGCCUGCCCUCUCCUCACAAGAGGAUCUCCAGGCACCUCCGGGAAUGGAAAUCUCACUGCAAUGGGAACAUGUCUGCAGCAGACGACAGAUAUACCCAUGGGCACCAGCCUGUCAGCGAGGAGCUGCAGAGAACAGGAAGGUUAUUUGGAGGGCUGGUAAACGACAUCCGGAGGAAGGCCCCUUGGUACUGGAGCGACUUCUAUGAUGCCCUGAACGUCCAGUGCUUUUCGGCUAUUCUCUAUAUCUACCUGGCAACUGUUACCAAUGCAAUUACUUUUGGCGGCAUGCUGGGAGACGCUACCAAUAACAUGCAGGGAGUGCUGGAGAGUUUUCUGGGCACCGCUAUUGCUGGAGCUGUCUUCUGCCUCUUUGCUGGCCAGCCGCUCACCAUCCUGAGUAGCACUGGCCCCGUCCUAGUCUUCGAACGGCUCCUCUUCUCCUUUAGCAAGGACUACAGCCUGGAUUACUUGGAAUUCCGCCUCUGGAUUGGCCUCUGGGUGGCCUUUUUCGGACUGAUUUUGGUGGCCACCGAAGCGAGCUACCUGGUGCAGUAUUUUACCCGCUUCACUGAAGAAGGCUUCUGUGCCCUCAUCAGCUUCAUAUUCAUCUAUGACGCCGUGAAGAAGAUGCUGAGUUUGGCAGGCAGCUUCCCUGUCAACUGGGAUUACAAGAUCAAUGAUGUCACCCUCUACGGCUGCAUCUGUAACUCGUCUGGCACAGGCAACGCCUCCAUGCUGACUGAGAUGCUGCUCCCACCCCCUGGCAGUACUGGGAUGCAGCGGGGUCUAGAGACUGCAAACUGGUCCCUGCUGACCCGGACAGAGUGUUUGAGAGUGGGAGGCCACCUGGUGGGGAACAGCUGUAACUACAUUCCUGACAUCACCUUCAUGGCCUUCAUCCUCUUCUUGGGGACGUUCCUCUGCUCCAUGAAGCUCAAGAGCUUUAAAACCAGCUGCUAUUUCCCCACAGCCCUGAGGAAGCUAGUGAGCGACUUCUCCACCAUCCUGGCCAUCCUCAUCUUCUGUGGGAUUGAUGCCAUUCUGGGGCUAGAGACCCCCAAGCUCAUCGUCCCCAGCGAGUUCAAGCCCACGAACUCCCAGCGAGGCUGGGUCGUGUUUCCCUUGGGAGUGAACCCCUGGUGGGUUUGCCUGGUCUCCACCGUGCCUGCCGUUCUGGUUAUCAUCCUCAUCUUCAUGGACCAGCAAAUCACCGCCGUCAUCCUCAACCGCAAAGAAUACAGGCUCCAGAAAGGGGCAGGUUUUCACCUGGAUUUAUUCUGUGUUUCCCUUCUGAUGAUCCUCACAUCUGUGACGGGCCUCCCCUGGUAUGUGUCUGCCACUGUCAUCUCCCUAGCCCACAUGGACAGCCUGAAAAAAGAGAGUACAACUUCUGCGCCAGGAGAGCAGCCCAAGUUCCUGGGAAUCAGGGAGCAGAGACUGACUGGCCUGGUGGUCUUUAUCCUCACCGGAGUGUCGGUUUUUUUGGCCCCGGUUCUCAAGUAUAUCCCUAUGCCUGUGCUGUAUGGUGUCUUUCUGUACAUGGGUGUGGCCGCUCUUAACAGUAUCCAGUUCAUUGACAGAAUCCAGCUCCUUCUGAUGCCCACCAAACAUCAGCCUGACUUCAUGUACCUUCGCCACGUGCCCCUGCGCCGAGUGCACCUCUUCACCCUCAUUCAGAUGCUCUGCCUGGCUGUGCUGUGGAUCCUCAAGUCAACCGUAGCUGCCAUUAUUUUCCCAGUGAUGCUCCUGGCGCUGGUGGGGAUCCGGAAGGCGAUGGAGUGCAUCUUCUCCCGGCAGGACCUCAGCUGGCUGGAUGACAUCAUGCCAGAAAAUGACAGGAAGGAGGAAGAAGAAAAGCUGCAGAGGAGCCAGGAGAAGGAGGAGAGUGACAAUGAAGAUUCUGAAUUCACAUACCAUGAAAAAGGACCAGAAAUCAACAUCUCUGUGAAUUAGAGGAACCCAUCCUCGUGGAUGGGACAAGG